GACGACAACUUCUGUUACCCCAUCCCGGAUGUAUUAGAGACCACGAAACUGCGAUUGGUUCCGUUUGUUCCCUCCAUCCACGCCCCCCUCAUCCUCCAAUCCACCACCACCGCAACAUGGCACUACCUCCCCUUUGGGCCGUUCCCGACCGCGGAAGCCCUCGUGGAGGAUUUCUACGAAGCGCGGAUCCAUCGGAAUCGGGGGGAUACGUUGUUUGUUGGAGAACAAGGAACCCCAGCAGGAAUCUGCGGCUACGUAUACACCAACCCCUCUGAUCUCUACACCGAAUUAUUCGUGCUCGCUUUUCCUAGGUAUCACCACACCCACGUCGCAUCGCAUAUGAUUGGGCUUUUGAUGCGGUAUGCGCUGGAUUUGCCUAGUCCCCCUAGUGGCCUCGGCCUCCGCCGCAUCCAAUGGUCCGCCAACGUGCACAACCACGGCAGCAUCGGUCUCGCGCGCAAAAUGGGGUUCCGGGUCGAAGGGGUGCGGCGCUGGGCGCGGGUGUUAGAUGUCUCCAAAGGCGAAGGCGAAGGAGGGAAUGGGGAAGGAGGAGCGGGAAAUGGGGAAGGAGGAGCAGGAAAUGGGAUUAAAAGAAGAAAGGGAGAUCCGAGAGAAGAAUGUCCUGGGAGAGAUACAGUGGGGUUGGCUAUAUGCUGGGAUGAGUGGGAGGAGGGGGGGAGGGAGAGGGUG